UGUGUAUUAGUGCGUGUUCGUGCCAGUUCGUGCGUGUUAUUAUGUGUUACAAAAAGGAUAUUGUGUAUUGUACACAAAAAGUUUAAACAAAAACAUGAAUAAGGAUCAAAUCAGGGUAUUCACAGUUUACAGUGGGAAACAUUAGGAGAGAGAAUUUACUCAACGAAGAUCGAUCAAACGGAUUCACGUUCCCGCCAGACCCUUUCCGAUGGCUUUAAUUUACAAGCUAAUGGAGAAGCAAACUGAUGACAAGAAGAAGAAAGUCCCGUCGACAGAUCCCGUCUUGGAGUACGAUUCCUCCGACAGUUACAGAUCCGACGAACAGCUCGUCGAUAACGCGUCCGCGAAUAACACCGUGAGAUCAAACAACGUUACGGUCGGCGCUUACAGACCGCGCGUUCAGGAAUGGCGAAUUCGCAAUAUGAGAACCGAGUUGGACGUCAAGGGUAACCGAGAGAGCAUGGUGCUUAUACGGGAAUUGUUGCAAAGCAGUCGGGAGACAUCAUAUGGUAUCGCGAAUAUCCUCUCUUCAAUAGACUAAGGAAGAAUUUAAUGUACGACGUGUGCUAAUAAUGUUUUUAUCACGAUUAAGUAUCAAUCUCUGCGAAUUGCGUAAGAGCGAUGGGCUGAAGCACGGGAUUGCAAUUUGUAUUUUAUUUUUCUUUUCACCAAUAUAUUUCGUUCUACAAUAAAGCAAGUGUAAAAAGAGCAAGUUAUAUAGGUAUCAUAAUGUACGUUUGAUUUCUGUAUCAUUGUAUAGCUUAUGAAGUUUAAAUAAAUCUCAUAUUGUAAUAU